UAGAUGUCACCAGAGCAUCGAUUGGUGCUGAAUGCAUUUUAUUCUCCAGUGGUGCUUCCAGUGUUUGUCCUGCAGAGGGAACUCUUGUUUUGCACCAAAAUGAAUUGCCAAUAUGAGCCUCCCUCCUCCAAAACAUCUAAGCAUCAGGAUAGUGAUAGAGUGGUAGAAGUGAGUGAAAAGUGAAAUAAGCACGAUAACCAGCUCCCCCAACAUUUUCCAUACAUUUUUUCCACACAUAUGUUGAUCCACACAUAAAUAUAAUCUGACAGCUGUCAUUUUUUAUAUGUUACCUUAGAAAACAGUCGCUUAAGCGUAUUAUAUCUUUGUGUUACACCCGGGGUAUGUGUGCCUGUGUGUUUAAGUGAGAGCGUACAGAUCAGAGCAAUAACUGUGUCCUCAGUCUGCGCUGCUGAUGUUGCGGAUCUUGCACCACACACAGGCGCACCAAAACGCAGGCGACAGCUGGAGGGGAAAUAUCAGUUAAGAGCGUGGCGUGGAGGCCUGAUUGGACAGAUACGUAUCGCCAUGGAGCUGCAUCUCCCGGUCGCUCUUUGUCUCCUCUUUGGCAGAAUAAUGAUGACGCAUCAAACUCACAUGAAUUCAGUCACCACGUACCUGUUCACUCCCCGGGGACCCCAGAUGUUUCCAUGUCUGACUUACCUGGAGCGAAACGUCAGGGUAGACUGUGAAUUCCCACCCUCCUACCAGGUCCCCGGCCCCUACUGUGAGUACCGGCAAGACAGCCGGUUGGUCGGCAGCACCUUCCCCAACGCCGUCAUCUAUGUGUCCACAGAGGACCGCAGGAGGAGCAACGUCAGCUUAGUCCUUCCCAAUCUGUGCCGCCUCACUUGGGCCCCCAUGGCCGACGAGAAACCUUACACCUACACAUGCAGGGUUUAUCAGGGUAACAGCUGGAAGGAAAACAGCAUGGCUGUUCAUCACAGGCUUCUCCCAAUCUGCUCUGCAAUCAGUGUUAUGUUCAAAUCAGCACCUUGGCUUUUGUCACUAGUGAUGUCACUUCCUGUGGCCGUGGGUCUUCUAAGUCCUUGAACUCUCAGUUUCAAAGGCUAACAACACAAUGGACCUUUCAUGAUUAUUGACUCGCUCUGUUUUGGAGGUCGUUGAAUGUGGGAAUAUUUUAUUUAUGUUUUUAUUUUAAUUUUAGGCAGAGUAGAAGUCAAGAAAAACCCUCCAAAUGAAUAAGACAGGAUCAAACUAACUUCUUAGUAAGUAUUGGAGCAUACUUUAAAGUGUUGAAAAAUGAGAGAUUUUAAGUAACAAACCUCACUAUUGCUGCUGUACCUUCAAGACGUUGUUUUACAGAAUUAUAAAGGGGAAGAGAAUUAUGAUGAGAUCAAAUCACAUGACAAACCAAUGAAAGGGUGAUCAAUGUUCAUUCUCUAAAGUGAUGAUGAUUAUCAACAGAUCAGCUGAUUUUAAAACUUCUGUCUUCGUUAUGAUGCUCUUGUAAAUCAUUAGAUGCUAUCUGGAUACAGAUAUUUUAUUAAUUAAAUAAAUACUUUUGUGGCUUUUUUAAUUUGUGAAAAACAGAUGCUUCUUAUAGAUUUAUAUUGACAUAUUUUAAUUAUAAAUAAAAACAUUUGAAGUGGAGUUACUCAACACAGCACUUUAGUUAUUUUACAGUGGUGUUAAAGGUUUUAAUAGUAGGUAGUUCUUUGAUUGGAGUAAUAAUGAUACAGAAUCAUUAAAGAAUGAAAAGCUGAAAGUCAUGGUUUGUCAGUUGAUUAUGAUUUCCUCUUAAGCAGUAAUAAAUGUAGUCUAAGGAUUAAUACAGGUGGAUGGUAUUAUAGGAAUAAAAUAUGAUAUAAGAUAGCUGCUCAGACACUGCCUUUUCUGCUGGCAUUGGGCCGUUCUAAUACCUCCUCUACCUUAAACAAAAUGAAGUUACUGUACACUGAAACUGCACAACUGUACACCGCAAGAGGUACAUCUGGUUAUAAACAUCAGAUCAAAAAAGCUCUUUUGACAGCAAUAAACAACAUACUAUAAUAAGACUUAAAUGAUGAGCCUUAACUCUAUAAACUCUGAUGACAGGCUCGGAUGCAGAUGCACCGUGUUAAUCUGGCCGCGUUGAUUGUCCCAAAGUCUAAAGAAUGUGAAGGUGCAUGACUGUUCCCAAAGUCUGUUUAAUGAUGUAAGCCAUUUCUGCAACCCUGUAUGUAAGGCAUCACACUGCAGAUACCGAGCAAGUGGGUGGACUAGCUGUAGUAAGAAAAAGCUGACAGAGGGGCAAUGUUUCACAUGGAAAGUAUUUACUGUAAUAGUCCUAGUGUGUUUAAAUACCACAUUGUUUUAAAGAACUUGUGUUAAUGUGUACAUCAUGUGUGUAGUGUAAAAGAUUAUUAACACGCUUCCACUUUAAUUCUUUAUGUUCAAAAUGUACACACUCUAUUCAGGGCCUUUUUAUGAUCUGUUUAUGCUGCUUGCUUGGUUAAACUUGAUUAAAAGUCAUGUUUUAUUUAUUUUUUUUCAUUCUUUUUUGUUGUUAACUUUACACAUGUUAAACAGUAAUUGUGUCUGCAGUACAUUUCUGUUUUAUUUUUCCUCCAUUUUCAUAUGUUGGUUUGCUCAGUAUUAUUUGCAAAAUAGCACUUGCAUUAAAGAUGACUUUAUAUAUUUUCAAUUAAGCUUGUUUUUAUUUUUAACUAGUACAAGUGCAAUAUAUUGUAUAACCUUGCUGUAACAAAUAAAGGUUAUGCAUUACAA